GAAGUCAGGUUGUUCAACAUCUGAUUAGAGUUAAUCAGUAACCCGCCGGCGUACUACCGGCCACUUCAGCAAACAUAUUACGUGCUGAGGACGGCGUUAUCACUACACGCGUCGGUCACAGGUUGCCCAUUCCUAUACUAAUAAUCCAGCUAGUCCUCCCCGACAUUGUACUUUAACCGGGUACCACUAUUUCAUGAGAGAUGCAGUCAUGGGCAUGUGACACGAGAGACGCGUUGAGAAGAAAAAUGGCGAACAGUGCCAAACCGGCGUCUCGGACGGCGCUAAGAGGUUAUGUGUUUCUCUGUGUGGUAUGGCUGACUGUGGGCGCCGCCAAGGGACAGACACCUCAGAAAUUGGACUGCAAGAAGGCGGGGCCGUGCACCUGUAACAGCGCCAACGGAGUGAUCGACUUGACGCCUCUAGCUAACUCGGACAACACACCGCGUUUCAAGGAUGUACCUGGAGGCGGGGAUUCAUUUUCCUGGAAUCCGUGCAAUCCGUUUGACGAAGGAAGUGGGUGUGCCAAAGUCUCGGCGUGCCAGAAUCACGAGGGUUCUGCUCAGUAUGCAAUUGGGACGCAGGAUUCUGCUGAGUUCAUACUCGACCAGACACGUGGCCUAGAGCUCCACUACAAAGCAACGGCCGACUCCGUCACCCGGGAGUCAUUCGUUCAGCUUAUUUGUGAUAUGGGCACUGAAGGCUCGCUGACUGCCAAAGGAGAAGAUCCUGCUGGUUCGGCACAGUAUUACAUGACGUUAACGAGCAAGUACGCAUGCCCAGGAGUGUCCGGCGGUGGUAUUAGUGCAGGCAGUGUACUGCUCAUCAUUUUCUUCAGUUUAGUAGUCGUAUACAUUUUAGCUGGCAUGGCCGUUAUGAAGUUCGGCAAAGGUGCAGCAGGGAGAGAACUCAUUCCCAAUUAUAGCUUUUGGAAAGGUCUCCCGUUUUUGAUACGGGAUGGCAUUAUGUUUGUAGUAGGAGGAUGCAAGCCAAAGAAAGGGUACGACUCCAUAUAGAAUCUGAACAUUUUGGACAAAAUUGAUGAAAAAUUAUAGCAAUAAGUGAAAAAGGAGCCAGAAUUGUCUACAUCAGUCUGUAAGCGCAAGCAAAUAUAAGGAAAUGAUCACUGAAGAUCACAAGAAACAGCAACAAUGUAUGGAGCUGUCUCAGUUGUUGCCAUGGAAGCAUACGUUGCCAUGGGAACCUUGAACGGAGAAGACAAUGUAGUAGACGGUUUUGUUAUUAUAUCUGAUAUCAGGGACUAUCGUGAACGUUUUGACAUUAGGAUACAAUACAAUCAAUACACUUUAUUGUGAAAUUUUACAGAUUUCUGCAGGCCUUUUUG